AUGUCAGCCGAAGUAACGAAUUCGCAAUUUCACACCGGCCGCCUACCCAAUGGCGCUAAGAGUCGCAACAGACCGAAGUUGAUGCUUAUGGGCCAGAGAAGAAGCGGGAAAUCGUCAAUCUCUGGAGUAGUCUUCCAGAAAAUGCCACCAUCCGAGACGCUGUAUCUUGAAACGACAACGCGACCAGAAGAAUCGUCUGCACACUCCUUCAUGGAUUUUCAGAUAGCAGAACUACCCGGCCAUGUCAACUACUUCACGCCCGACUUCAACCAAGCUAAUAUCUUUGCCGAAAUUGGUGCGGUCAUCUGGGUCAUUGAUGCCCAAGACCAAUAUCUUGACGCUCUCAACCAACUCAUCGACACCAUUACUUACCUAGCGCAAACAUGGCCCGCAAUCAACGUUGAGGUCUUCGUGCACAAGGUUGACGGUCUUUCCGAGGAAUACAAGAAUGACACUUUCCGCGACAUUCGACAACGGAUCCUUGACGAGCUAUCAGAUCUUGGCUACGACAACGCGCCUGUCAGUUUCUACCAGACUAGCAUUUACGAUCACUCGGUGUUCGAGUCAAUCAGCAAAGUCAUUCAGAAGCUUCUACCACAGCUGCCUACCCUGGAGAGUCUGCUCAACAGCUUGUGCAGUACGUGCCGGAUCCAAAAGGCAUACCUAUUCGACAUCAUCACCAAGAUAUACAUCGCAUCGGAUACGAGUCCACAAGAUACCAACAGCUAUGAGAUUUGCUCCGACUUCAUCGACGUAGUGGUGGACAUUGGCGAGCUGUACGGAUGGGCAAGACCCCAGCAAGGCGAGAAGACCGAAUUCAACAACCACGCCUGUGAGAGCAUGGUCACCAUGGAAAAGAAGGGGCAGAACUAUUUGUAUCUCAGAGAAAUGAACAGGUAUCUUGCUCUGGUUUGCAUUAUGGGUGACGACAAUCCGAUGGAGAAGAAGGUGCUUAUAGACUACAACGUAGGAGUGUUCCAAGAAGCGCUCGCAAAGGUCUUUGGCUGGUAA